AGUCAUGAUGCAUUACGUAGCACGGCCAUCGCAGCUCAUUGUGACGACAUGACUUGCAUCGUCAUCAUCGCGCAUCAUCCGCCCGAUUCCUUAGGUUUCACCAUCCUAUCCGGCCCCCGCUGUCCCAUCGCCAGGCUUCCUCCGUACCGUGUAACCAGCUCACUGGUGGCUCCGUCGGAUAGAUCAACUGCGGCCACAUUGGAUCCCUCUCAUGCACCGACCGCGUUAUUCAUUGGCUCUCCAUCAGGGGUAAUUGCUCCGUGUGUGCCCUCCGGUCGACUCAGCAAAUGAUCGCGCAUCUUGAGGCUGCCCGCAUCAAGCCAUUGCCGGCCGAUGGUUUCUACAUUGCGGACUUCAUCUCAGAGGACGAAGAGGAGUGUCUGCUCCAGAAGAUUACGACGGCGCCUGUCCCCCGCUGGACUCAUCUAGCUCACCGUCGGCUUCAAACCUGGCCCUCUACCCUAAGCAAAUCUAAUGCCCUCAUCGAAUCCCCGCUCCCCUCCUGGCUCAGCUCCCCCAUCAUCCCUCGCUUCGACUCCCUGGGUAUCUUUGCCAAUGCCCCGCACGGCGCCCCCAACCAUGUCCUGGUCAACGAAUACCGGCCCGGACAGGGCAUCAUGCCCCAUGAAGAUGGGGCCGCCUAUUACCCUCUUGUAGCUACGGUGAGCCUAGGGGCUCCUAUCGUCCUGGAUCUGUACGAGAAAAGCGACGACGGCGAGGGAACCGGACCCGGUCGACGACCAACAUAUAGGAUCUUGCAGGAGAGACGCAGUUUGCUCGUUACCACCAAGUCUAUCUACACCGAUUUCUUGCAUGGCAUUGCAGAGACCGCCAAGGAUGACGGGCUUGGCGCGGAAUCCAUCUGCAACUGGGACUUGUUGAGGGCGCCAGAUAGAUAUGAGUGCGGCUGGCUGGAGAGGGAGACUAGGAUAAGCCUGACUUAUCGCGACGUGCUCAAAGUCGCCAAACUGGGGAAUACCAUGAGGUUUCUGGGCGGUCGG